AUGCGCUCCGCGUCUUCACCGCCAUUAUCGCAAAUAUCCUUAUCCACAAUCAUCCAAUAUGUGUUUCUAGCUGUUCUAGCAUACGUCCUUGCCGGCGCGCCUCUUUCUUCUCUCCUCACUUCCUCGUUGCGUUUCGACAAUGGCUAUGAUGCCAGCGGUAGCAGGGCAAGAGAAGGCAAAGUCGUCGACGUGAGAAAACUCGAGAGCUUGGUGAUCCCAGAAAAGAAUUUGUCAUGUGCAGAGCAUCGAUACAAGGGUAUUCAUAUCAUGAGCCGGGAACCUUUGGUUGUGUAUAUUGAAGGGUUCCUGGGAGAGGGAGAGGGAAAAGAAGUGGUUGAGUUGAGCUCUCCCCACUUCAAACCCUCCACAGUCUGGUCCUCCGGCCGCGAAUCCCUUAAUCCCAGCAUCCGCCUCUCAGAGAAAGCUCCCUUGCCGCGCUCCAAUACCGUAAAAUGUAUCGAGGACCGCGCACGCACCUUCCAAGGCUGGCGCCAAAACACCUUUGUCGAGAAGCUGUGGACCCAGCGCUACGGCGUGGGCGGCCACUACACCUACCACUACGACUGGAGCAGUGCCAACAAGCACAGCGGCCGCGUAAGCAGCUUCAUGGUCUAUGUAGACGGUCAGUGUGAGGGCGGCGGCACGCACUUCCCGCGCCUGGAAAAGCCCCGCGACCCCAGCUGGUGUGCGUUUAUCGAGUGUGAUGUCCAGGGUGUCUAUGGCGAUUCAGCGACUUCUGCGUCUUCUUCUUCUAGAACAACACCCGGUAAUGGCGAGGAUGAUAAUAAGACGGGGAUGCUGAAUCGCCAGCAGGAUCGCCCGCACGAAGAUCUCAACAAGGGUGUUAUUUUUAAACCUAUUCCCGGUAACGCCGUCUACUGGGAGAAUAUGCGCGUUGAUGGUUCGGGGUACCCCGAGAGCUGGCAUGCAGGAUUGCCGGUUAAAAAGGGAGAGAAGAUUGGCUUGAAUAUCUGGAGUUGGAUGGUCGAUGGUUAUGUGCCGCCGUUGGAUGAAGUGCAGCAGACAGAGGAGGCUGGGAGAGAAAAACAUGUUUGAUACAUAAGGAGACUAUAGGAUAACAAGAAC